AACUUGGCAUCUCGGAUCGGAAACAGGUUACUGCCGCAAUGCGCGAACUGCAAUUAUUGGGAAUUCUUUCGAUCGCCCUUUUCAUUUCGCUGGGCAGUUGCUUCGCUUAUUCCAAGCCCACUUACGUUACUGACUUCGUGUUCCCCUCAUCGGAUGAUCGCAGCAACCGGGAGAAUCCUCUUUGGGAACCGCUUGCAAAUGGAAAAGGAUCGGAGGCUGGUAACUUCAACGGACAACGGGGCGUAUGGGUAACGAGUGAUCCGAAAAGCGUGGAUAAGUGCCGCGACUUUCAGUUCACCGAGUCAUCUGGCAAAGUGUGCAUGAUUUUCAUCAGCUACAAGAAAGUGUCGGAUCCUCUGGACAGAUUGAACAAGGCAUUAGUUGAGGAUCUCAAUCUCCCGGAACUUGUCUAUAGCCUUCGAGUUGUGAAGCGCGGAAGACGUCGCUUAGUUUUUGAACUGCCAAGUGCCAUAGAUGCUCUUCUUACCCUUAAUAGUUACUGUAAGUUGUACCAAGAGCGAAAGGAUCUCACCUACGAAAUCCUGAAUGCCGAAGAAUAUUGAACUGUUUAAUAUAAUAAACAAAACGUGAUAGCUAUA